GCCACUGAUACAUUGAUAUCGGCACCUCGACCGACAAGAGGGGUAUCAGAAAUCUCCACAUGACACAACAACGGACGGGAACACACACACACAGACCGACGCACUGACACACACGCCAUGACGCAUGCUCUUUAGCCCACGGCAAUGCGCACUUUACACAGUCGACCGGCCGAUUAGCCGAGAGAGCGUCCCCCCUCACUCCUCUCAUAUGUGUGGCAAGCGGGCGGUGCUGCUGCCAUCGCUGCCUCUACCUGGGCUGCCUCUCCCCUCCCUCUCUGCUUGCAACGCUGUCAACCGGUCCGUCAACACUUGUGGAUUCGGCGGACCGCUGCCACUCCCCGACGCCCGCAAUCCCGACCCCUGCACGGUCGACAAUGGAGGCUGGGCAUCGCCUCCCGCCAUCGGCACUCCUAAGCGGCUCUCCAAUCGGCUCCGCCUGCAGAGAGGGGUCAAAGCAGUCAUUGAUUGCAUGUCUCCCUCCCUGUUCGUAUAUGCCUGUGUGGCUUGUACCUUCUUUCCUCAAGUUCGGACUUGCACCCGAGUGAUGAUAGGCCCGAGGGUGUGGGUCGGCUGACGGGGGUCGACCGCUGGGCCCUCGAGGGCGCCAUGGAGCCGACCGUCAGCCCAGUAGCUGCCGCCUGCUGCAUCCCCUCCCCUGUGCCACCAGAAGGCGACGCAGAUCCCCCUGCCGGCUGCGCGCGGCCAGUGCGCCAUGUUGUGCGCGUCGCUCCGAGAGAGCGAGACCCACCUGAGGACAACAGGCGUAUGAGGACAAAAAGUGCCCACAGAAACAAAAAUUUCUCAUUCAUAAGAAGGGCUCUGAUGGCUCACCCGAUGAGCUGAGCGGCGGGUGUGGAAGAGAAGAGGGGCUCUGUGUGGGAGGCCUGGCGUGCAUUGGCGCAGACGGCGGGGGCAGGUCAGAAGCCACCACGUCGGGCGUCUCGAACUCAGCCUGCGUCUGGGGCACUCCCGUCCCCAUGGGUGAUGGUGAGGGCUGCAUAGAGAUGGAUGGGGCACGGGAGGUGGUCGACUGGUCCGAGGCCGGCAGGGCGCUUAAGCGUCGCCUGGAGCUUUCUGGGCUGGGGCUCGCGGCCGGCCCUGCGAUGGCGGCCAGGUUGGGGGGAGGCUGGUUGUUGACGAUCCAGUGCCACAGGUGCUCUGCUUGCGUCAAAACCUGAGAGCGCAUGUCUUCCAUAAGUACAUCCAUGGACAGGUUGGCGCGUGCAUGUAGCUUGCCUGUGUCCUCUGCUGCUGGCGCAGCAUCUUGGAUUCGUUGGGCUUGGCCUCUGAAACGUCAUCGCAUAUGCAUGGUACGUAUUCGUACUCGUCCCAACUGCCAUCCACACAAGUCUACCUGCGAGAGUGAGCCUUGCCAUGCCGAAAGAGGUGACGGCAAGGUACUCAAGCUGGCGCUGGAUCUGCUCCUGUGGACACGAAAUAAGAAUAAGGCGAGACACGUGAGGUUGGCCAGCCAAUGGAUGGAGGUCAUUGACACGCACACCUGAAAAACUGAUAUUUGAUCGACGUCAAUGCUGCAUGUGCAGGGCAGGAGAAAGAAGAGACAGAGACAGAGACAGAUGCACGAGCCAUAAUGUACCUGCCAUGACUCGCUUACCGGUUUGCCUUGACGGCGUGCAGUUCGAUGAGAUCCGACUUGUCAGCCUUGAGGUUAAUGGCCUCCUGGAACUCACCCAUCGCGUCGGUCUGCUCCUCACUUGGCUUGUACUGCAACGAACCAACCAACCACUCUCUUUUCGCUCAUCUUCUCUGACAACUGGGUACCUGGCUGAUUCGCUCCGAUUCCGACUCGACAAAGUGGUCGAGUCGCUUGCAGAUGGUGUCCAGCCGAUUAGACAGGCGCUGGAGCUCCGUAUAGGCCUUGUCCUGCACACACAAAUGGCGACAAUGCCCGUCAUCGGUGAGCAGCUUGAUGUCCGGCCGGCGUGUUUGCUGACCUUUGGCAUGCACUGCUCGACUUUGGCGUUUGCAACCACAAUGUCGUACUUCGAUGCCUUGUCCAGCAACAGCUCAUCCAAACGCUGAAUGGCAGAGUCCUGAGACGUCAACACAAAAGGACAGCCUUCAGUCGCUUCCUGUUGUCUGUCCGUCUGUCUGUCUCACGGUGUCUCUGCCUGACUGACCUGCAGAUUGAUCCGAUCGUUGAAUGUCUGCAUGGAGUCGACGCAGAAUUGAAUGCGGGGAACGGCCUCCUCCUUCAGCGCCUCCAAGUCGGACUCCCUGACAGAAGGCAGCGAAAGAGUUGUCAUCUUGUUAUUGAUCGCAGUCGACCUCUCUUUCUUGCUGUUCAUUACUUGGCCAUCAGCAAGAGUUCAUCCCGCACGUCCUCUACCGUCGUCUGAAGGAACGACAAGCGGCAUGCAAUUGCUGACAAUUGGUGGGGCCUAAUGGAGAGCCGACCUUGUGUGCCCGUUUCUGGAUGUCCUCAUUAAGCUCCACAUAGACGGCCGUCACCCUGUCUUGCAGAUUCUGACAACACCGAGAGACACGAAUACCCCCUUCUGUCUUCGUUCAUGCUCCUUACCAGGUGCUUUUCGUCCAAAAGGGCAAAUUGUUGCUGCAUCUUCUUUGAUGUCUCAUCGGCACCGAGCUGAUACAAAACCACUGACGUGUAUGUCUCCUUAUCUGCACGUACAUCUGUGCGGCCGACUCACUUCCAUCCUCCUGAGUGCCUUAGAGGUGUCAUCGAGCUUGGCAUAGUGGUUGAGCGCCUCGCUCACCCAAUCCCUCACGUCCUGUAGGCUGUUCUCGAUCUGCGGGCCGCGCCAGUAGUCGUCAAAGCGGCGGGCCAGAUGCUGGAUGCUCGAGGCCAGACCCUCAGUCGUACCCACAAGCGCGAAGUCGUUGAGCUUGUGCUCCAACUGAAGCAGAAACAAACAUGUUCAUGUGUCUCCUGCUAUGAAUGCGUCUCUUUCCUUUGUGUGGUUGACCUUUGCGAGGGCGUCUUUGCUCGCGCAUGCCUUGAUUUGGGUCUCGACCAGAGUCAGCUCUCCCAGUGUGGCUUUAUCCCGCAGCCCCUCCUGCAUCUCGUGCAGGAUGCGAUCCUGUACAUCCAUGUGGCCGCGGAACCCGUCCAGCUGCUGGCUGAAGCCAACCACAUCCAACCGAAGCUUCUGCUCAGCUGAAAGGACGACGAAGGAAGAUGAUCCAAAUCCAAUCGAUAAGAAGCAUGUCUGCUCUGCCUACUCUCCGAUGCCCUCUUGGCUUCAUCGCGGCAAGAGGCCACCUCCAAGCGAAGAGCCUGGUCUGUCUUGCGGACGGUGUCAGCCAGCCCCGCGAUUUUCUCCUCGUCAACCGUCUUGGACAUGGCGUCCUCCACCUGCAUACAAGUGGUGCAGCAGAGAAGAUGUAUGUCUGGGGCAACGGGUGUCAUUAUGUGUCUCUCUGUGGACGCAUACCUCCUUGACCCGAUUGGUCAGCUCUUCUAUCUUCUGUUCCAACGGCGCGAAUUUCUCCAGUAGUUGAGUCAGGAUCCGCUCCAGGUUGGCAGUGGGCAGCAGGUUCUCCAUCGCCUUGGCCAGGCCCUCCCGCUCCCACGAUGUAAGCCCCUCCUCCCCACUCGUUCGCCUCCUCUCGUCGCUCCCACUCAUCGCAGCGACAGUCAACCCCGCUCACCUGAAGGCACCAAGGGCCAGGCAGCCAGGCACAGCAGGCAGUACAUCGAACAUGCCUCUCUCAGGAGCUGCUCAUUUGCAAUCAAGCGCCUUACGUUGAAUGGGAGACUCGUCACCUCUGACUCAACUCAGAGUCAAUUGCAAUGGGCGACAUCGAGAGAAGGCCAAACGGGACAUCCAGGCCUCCCACCGGAGAAAAAGAGGGAGAAA